ACGAGCGUUAAAAACGUUCUUAUUGCAGUUAAAAACGCUGUUUCUCUCACUCUUGCGACGGUCCAUACCGAAAAGUUUUAAAAUGGGAUGAAAUGUUUAAUGUAGUUCGCAACAUCGUGUACCGUCUGCCAUGGGUGACGUCACACUCGCCUGCAUUUGGCCAGUGGUAAUCUUAUGGCGGUAAAUUCGUGAGGGCGACCAUGUUGGCAUCUUUAUCGUCUUUUUACGACAAUAUUCGCUCUUAUUCUCUCUCUGGAAGGAAACCAGGAGACAAACGUCGAAGAGAAAGGGAGGACGAUGUUGUUAUAACUGAUGUUCUUCAGACACCACCAGCAAAGAGGUUAAGGAAUAUUGAGGGAGCUGCCCAUGAAAGCAGUAACAACAGCCCUAUCCAGAGUUUUAGUGAUUUCGUCAAGAAAGUCAAAUCAUGGUCUGGUAGGUACUUCUGGCAGUACGUGGUCAAGGGAGAAACUCUAGACGAUGGCAAAUCUUCCUUGAGGAGAGAUCUGAAUGAUGCUGAGGAUGAAAUGGAGAAAAUUAGAUGUUCUACAAGUACAAGAUCAACUAGUAGCGCUCUAACUAAUGAGUGGCGACAUCAAGGAAGUCCUGGUUUAACAAGGAGACCACUGAACAAGAGCAGAGGACCAGAAACCUCAACACCAGCAAGAUCUUGCAAUAAAUCAAACAGAAAGGGGUUACUGACAUCCACAAGGCAAAGUAAGAGUGUGACGGAAAGUUCAGGAAGAGUCUAUGAUCCAUCUAGAUAUGAAGACACUUCUGGCAGUACAAGUACAUCCUACAAAGUCAUGCAGUACAAGAUUGGAAGCACCAAGGGUCGUAGCUCUCCACGACCUCAAUCCAACGGCCGAUCUGUACCAAGACCAAAGAGUCAGAUCCACAGUGCUGCAGCCAAGAAAUCCCCUGGUGACAGAGACAGAUUCAUAAGCACAGCAGAGAGGGUUGUUCGCCUGGAUGAACGAGACAGAUACAAACAGUUAGUGGCGCAGUUCACCACCAUACAGACACCUGAAAGUGUUGGAACAUCUUGGAACAGAACUGUGGCUGAACCAUUACAAGUUGACACUGAUUUUCUUACCAAGACAAGGUCACAUGGAAGGUCAGAAAAUGGAAGUCUGUUGUCACCGAGAUCCAGCUUGCUACCACCCUCUGUGUCAUUCACAGUCCCAGCCUCCGCUCCCCAGUCAUCAACCAGGCUGAGGGUAAUGGCAUCACCAAGGAGAUCUGUCAACAGAUCCCGCCAGGCUACCUCAGAUGUUAGUUUGUACUCAAGGCCAGGUCCCAUUGAAGUGUCACCUCCAAGCAGUAGUUAUCAAUCAAGUAGAACCCUGGACACGCCUGCUGUGUGCAAUCCCUUUGAUGAGGAUUGGACCAGAAAGUGGCGAGAUCUUCUGUCAGAUGAAAGUUUAUCGAGGCAAAGGGAGAUUUCAAAGGAGGAGAAGAAAUUGCAGGCAUUAAAACAAAAGCGAGAAGAAGAUACUCAAGCGCUCAAAGAAAAGAUCCAACAUAGAUUAAGGAGAGUGAAACAAGGAUUUGACGAAGAGGAGGAAACAGAGGGAGAGGAAGAAGUCGAAGAAGGUACAGAUUCGUUUGUACCACUCACAAAUGAAAUGGAGAGAAUGGUGGAUUCUGCCUUGGCUCCAGGGUACUCUGAAGAUCCUCUUGUUGAAGGCUUCCGCGUGACUCUGAAACGAAGUGACUUGGCAACUCUUAGUAACCUGAACUGGCUCAAUGAUGAGAUAAUCAACUUCUUCUUUAACCUUCUCGUGGAAAGGAGUAACCAGGAAGGGAAAGUAAAAGUCCAUGCUUUCAAUUCAUUCUUUUAUCCCAAACUCGUCAAAUCAGGAUAUGCAAGCCUUAAACGUUGGACUAAGAAGGUGAUUAGGUUUGUCUUAUAUCAUUCCUUGGCUUUGUUUCAUUCAUGGUCCUUAUCGUUUGAUCUCUUUCCACCUCAGGCGAUCGAUUUCAACAAAAAAUGCAUUUCAUACUACGACUCACUGAAAGGCUCCAACCCACAGUGCUUGUCAGCACUAAGAGAUUACCUAAACAGUGAGUCUAUGGACAAGAAGAAAGUGUCGUUUGACAUGACGGGCUGGAAGACAGCGUCUCCAAAAGAUAUACCGGAGCAACUGAACGGGUGCGAUUGCGGAGUUUUCGCUUGCAAGUACGCAGAGUAUUUAUCAAGGAGGGCGAAGUUCGAUUUUGAUCAGAGGCACAUGCCUUACUUCAGGCGCCGAAUGGUGUACGAGAUUCUGACCAAAAAGCUUCUAUGAUAGGCGACAAUCGUCAGAUACCGUGUUCACGCCAUGAAGCCGUGAUGCCGCACCCAUGAAUCGACUACGGAAGAGACAAUCCCGAUAUGGUGGUCUGGCCAGUCCAACACAGCAGUUGCUUUGGCCACAUGCAAUGCUUGGUUCCAAUUUACGGAGUUUUCAAUCUUUGUGUGUCAAUUAAAUGUUUCGUGGUGUUACCAUCACGAUUGUGCGGUUGAGCUUUUUCUACCUGGAGUAAUCUCCGAGAUAAAGUUUGCGAUUUGAGAAACGGAUGGACAGACCAUUCCCGUUCACGAAACAUCUCUUAAUUGGUUUAAAGUAAAAAAGUUUGGUAAAAAGCUUUAAUAAAGGUUAACGUGAGAGCAAAUACCCCUCAUAAGGAUGGAUGUUACCCUUCUCAGUUCGUGGUAUUGAAAUAUGGAUUCUCAUUACAGACUACCACACGUUUCUUUUAAUGUAGUUCAAGUCUGGUAACACAUCACAAACCUCUGUCAGAAAUUCGAUCGUGAUCAUCAUCGU